AUGGCUCAUGAAGCUCGUCAAUCCCGUGGAGGCUCAAGCCUUCGUCGACCGCCUGUCUCUUCGUUCCUUAGAGGCAGUAUUCAGGUACCGGAAGAAGGAGGUAGUAUCUUUCCCAAGAAUGAUCUCUAUCAAUCCUCCAAUAACAUAUUUCCACCCAAUUCAAGAAGCCCAGGAACUCGCAAAUCUCCAAAUAAGAAUCGAGGUGGCUCCAAUCACGCGCGUAGAGGAGCCCAUAACCAUAUUCGAAGAAACCCUCUAGCUUAUGAUUCACAUCAAGGUCAACAGUUAUUUCGUAAUACAGAUGUGCAAUCUUACCCUAUAACACCUACUCCAAAACGUCAUGGGCAGUCAAAUCCCAAAUAUGGGUCUGAGGCUCUCCGAUCAGCCAACACUAUCGGCAUUAAGCCUCAAUGGUCAUCGUGGGCUGAUAUCAGCCUCCGUAUACGCGGCCUCCCGCCCACUACUACCACAUUUGACUUAUGGUCUCACUUCAAGAAAGACGGGGAGGUUGUGUUUAUCGAGCUUUUUGAAAAGAAUAACGGGAUUCGAGAUGGAAGUGCCCGCAUCCGCUUCUCACCGCCUCCCAUUCGUCAAUUCUGGGACAAUGUUAUGGUACUCGGCAUUCAAGGCCAAUCAGUCAAAGUGAAAGUUGAACUUGAGAAGGAGAGACGGGAGCGACGAAUACCUGGCUCCAAUAACCGUAGUUACCCGCCAUUCUUGAGUAUUACAAUGGUUGCGCUUCAAUUCGGGGUGCUUGCGCGUGAGGAUGAGAUGAUGCCGCUACAGACAAUCCAAAACAACACGAGAGGUGAAUUUUCUCUAGCAUCUGAUCUGUACCAGAAAAAACUGGAAAUCGCAUUUACAUGCAGCAUCACAGAUCCACGUCGCGAAGACCCUAGCAUAAAACACCCUUCACCCAUUGGGCAGAUGGAACAUACGCUGCAAUAUAAAGCACAAGUUCCAUUUAUACAUGUCAAGAAGAUCGUCUUUAUAGACAUUGAUGAGAAUACAUGGGCCUUACUUAUCCACCUACCUAACCCGCCCCUUUUCUACAUAAAAUGUGACCACGCCAACUCACAUUCAAGCACCAAGAACACUUGGAAAGAAGAGCGGGAUGCUUGGAAUCGAAUUGUCGACAUUACUUACGAUACAUCAUGGUUCAGAGAUGAACCCGUCUUAUUACCCAGAACCAAUCGGUUUAUUAACAUUGGAAGAUGGACUACUUACCGGCUCUUGUUCGCAAAGUCUUCUCUUGUUGCAUGGGAGGAAAUGAAAGCAUCUCUGCAGGAAUUCAAUAUCGUCAUAGAUGACAAAACCUCAAAUGAUAUCAAGAUAGUUCCAUCGUUGAUGUCAAGCUUCUGGGAUGCGCUUGAACCUCAACAGCCUGGCAUGGACACGUCUAAAGCUAAUUUAGCCCUUCUCGCCGGCAUUGAAGACAUAUAUCUUCCCUACGACGUCCGAUAUCAGCUUGAAGCGUGUAUCUCUCAGGGUAUUUUCAACGAGGUUAACAUUACUACCGAGUUUCUCCGAAGGCUAGCAAACCUCUCAAGAGGUCGUACCCUACGUCGGGACAGAGCAAAAGACCUCUUGACGUAUGUAUUACAGUCUCGCAUCGAGAGCCGGGACAAGCUUGAUGAGAAAAGGAUAUACGAUCCGAUGUCGCUUUUUGAAGACAAAAAAGCGACGAGCCACUACCCGGAGAUCUCACUCCCAGGACACUGCAUAUGGGUAAGAAGAGUAGUGGUCACACCUACAACAAUGUAUCUUAGUAGCCCAGCACCAGAGCCGUCAAACCGCGUUCUGCGUCAGUACACCAACUACGAAGACCGGUUUAUACGUGUUCAAUUCACAGAUGAGCUCAUCAAGGGUCGUAUUUACUCUGAUCCCGAUACUACGCGGGACAAUGCUCUAUUCAAUCGAGUACAUCGAGCAUUGCAGAACGGUAUACGGAUUGGCGGCCGUCAUUUCCAGUAUCUUGCCACUGGGAACUCUCAAUUUCGAGAACACGGCGCCUACUUCUUCUGCCCGACAGACUUCUUAACCUGCGAUAACAUCCGGAACUGGAUGGGCGACGUCAAUCACAUCCGAGUCGUAGCCAAGUAUGCCUCCCGGCUUGGACAAUGCUUCUCGACAACGAGGAUACCCAAAGCAUCACCAAUCGGCCAAGCAAUUGUACACAUUGAUGAUAUUGAACAUGACGGCUGGUGCUUCACCGAUGGAGUUGGGAAAAUAGCAUUUAGCCGUGCAAAGUUCCUCAUGCAGAAUCUUGACAUGAGCAGGACCGCAAAAACUCUCCCGUCCGCUUUCCAGUUUAGGCUCGGGGGUAGUAAGGGGAUUCUGGUGCAGUGGCCCGAUGUGCCUUUCAAUGAGGUUCACCUGCGACCAUCGCAGAAGAAGUUCAACGCAGUUUCGAAGGGCCUCGAGAUUAUUAAGACGUCCAGGUUUUCUGUCGCAACCUUAAAUCGGCAGACUAUUACUAUUCUAAGCUGCCUUGGCGUACCAGACGAGGCUUUUGAGGAGAUGAUGAAGAAGCAGAUCGCUGACUACGAGCGUGCCAUGACCGAUGCCGAAUUUGCUAUGCAACUACUUAGCAAAUACGUUGAUCAGAAUGGUAUCACCACAAUAAUGGCACAGAUGAUUGCAGACGGGUUCAUGGAAACUAAAGAGCCCUUUUUCAUGAUCCUGCUACACAUUUGGCGUGCCUGGUCGAUGAGACUACUUCGUGAGAAGGCUCGUAUUAUGGUUGAUAAGGGCGCAUUUGUUUUUGGUUGCGCAGAUGAGACUCGCACGUUACGAGGUCAUUCAAACGCAACCGACUUUAGCCAGAGUAAAGACCCGAAUACCUUGCCACAGAUUUUCCUGCAGGUACCGAAGACGGGUGUCAGGCCAGGAGAGCAAGGUGAAUACACCGUUAUAACUGGAAUAUGCGUGCUCGGACGGAACCCAUCGCUCCAUCCUGGAGAUAUUCGAGUAGUGGAGGCCGUAGACGUUCCGGCGUUAAGACACCUCCACGACGUUGUUGUAUUCCCAACGGUUGGAGACCGCGAUAUCCCCUCUAUGUGUUCCGGGGGAGAUCUUGACGGGGACGACUACUUCGUGAUCUGGGAUCCUCGGCUUAUACCUACGGAGUGGAAUCACCCCCCUAUGGAGCAGGAUAGCCUCAAGCCAAAAGAACUCGAUCGGGACGUAAAAGUAACAGACCUCAUUUCAUUUUUCGUGAGCUAUAUGAAGAACGACUCGCUCAGCACCAUUGCCCAUGCCCAUCUAGCCAAGUGCGACGCAUUAACUGAUGGUCCCAAGGACCCGCAGUGCAUCGAGUUGGCACGCCUACAUUCCAAUGCUGUUGACUACCCGAAAACUGGACAGAAAGCUUACCUGAGAGCGUCGUUGCGGCCAAAAAACUACCCGCACUUUAUGGAGAAGGCACCAAGUAGAACAUAUCGUUCGAUAAAGAUUCUUGGUCGGCUAUAUGACCAAGUGGCGCAGAUUGAAUUCAAACCGGAGUUAGACAGCACAUUCGACCAGAGAAUUCUUCGUAGAUAUUCGCUAAAAGACGAAUUAUUAAAAACAGUAAGGAUGAUAAAGAGGCAACAUGAUAAGGCUAUGCGACAGAUCAUGAAUCAGCAUGAUAUCGAAACCGAAUUCGAAGCCUGGUCAACAUUUAUGAUGUCAAAACCCCGGCUUGGAGGCGAAUACAAGCGGCAAGAGAAUAUAGAACCGGUGAUGACGAACCACAGAGAACGCUUCAGGGAUGCUUGCAUCAAGCUGGCGGGAUCGAGAGAUCCUAACGCCUUAUAUCCCGUGGUGGCAGCUACCUACCGCAUCACAUGGGAAGAAGUGCAGAUCGCACUAGGGCGAGUGCCAGAAGCCGUCGGGGAGGAAAAACCAAGGAUAGAUGCGAUGCCGUUGAUUAGUUUCCCGUGGGUUUUUGAGUACGAGCUAGGUCGAAUCGCCAUGGCGAAGGACGAAUUCGAAUUAGAGGAGGUACCUAAGCCGACGACAGCACUAUUAGAUGAUGACUACACAGGCGAUGAUGACGAGUUUAAGCGAAUCAUUGGCACCAGUAUCAGUGGCUCGGACGAAACCUAUGGCAUCGGAGACCUAUAUAUUGGUCAAAGCAUACAAGCUGCCCAAGUCACAGAAGUGGUCGAGGAGCAAUCCGCUACGUACGAGGAACUAGUGGAGCUGGAAGAGGAGGAAGAUACGGGUAUGGAUGCUCUAGCUAGACUGGCUGACUAGUUUGCAUGAGAACAACAGGCCCGCCCAGGAGUGUUAGGAUGGCGUAUGAGACAUGAUGAGAAAGUUGGCCCGCAAGAGGUUGGGGUUUUGCCAUGUGUUCACGAUCAGGAGGCGGAAAGACAUUCGGUGGUUUUAGAUAAUUAGCCAAAGUAGCCUUGCACCAUUGUUUGCUGUCUCUUGACUUAAUAAUAUAGCAAUGCAUUCCCGAUCUGAACUAAUGCUCAUUGUAAAGAAGCUUGAGAAUAAAUAAAGUUGACAGUAAGCAUCAC